AGUGUGACCUUUGAGGAUGUGGCCGUGUACUUCUCCUGGGAGGAAUGGUGUCUUCUUGAUGAGGUUCAGAUACACCUUUACCUUGAUGUCAUGCUGGAGAACUUUGCAGUUGUAUGCAUGCUGGGUUCUUGGCACCGGGUCGAGGAUGAAGAGACACCUUCUGAACAGAGCGUAUCUCCAGAAGGAGUGUCACAGAUCAGGACUCCCAGCGCAGGUUCAUCUCCUGAGAAGGCCCAGCCAUGUAAGAUGUGCGUCCCAGUCUUGAGAGACAUUUUGCACUUGGCUGAAGAGCAAGGAACAAAUAGGGGGCAGAAAGCAUACACAUGUGGGGCAUGUGGGAAACAGUUCUAUUUCACUGCAAACCUUCAAGAGCACCAGAAGCAGCACAUUAGAGAGAAACCCUUCAGCUGUGAUAUGGGGAGACCCGCAUUUUUCAAAAGCUGCACAAUCCAUGCAACAGGGAAUCUCUCUACCUACAUGGAGAUUGGGAACAACUACAUGGCCAAAAUUGGACUUCAGAAACAGGUCACUAAUACCAGGAAGAAACUGAACAACAGUAAGGAGUGUGAAGCUGUUUUUGACAGUGGAAAAGGUCAUCACAGCUGGGGAGAAGGCAACAAAUUCUCCAGCCACACAGAAAUACUUGUUCAGUCUGAGAGAGUCCUCACUUGUGAAAGGUUUUGUGAAUGCAGCAACUGUGGGAGAGCCUGCACCCAAAGAAGUAACCAUAGUCAGCACCAGAAAGUUCACACUGGAGAAAGGCCUUAUGAAUGCAGCCAGUGUGGAAAAUUUUUUACCCACAAAUCUAGUUUCCUUACACAUCAGAGAGUUCACAGUGGGGAAAGGCCUUAUGAGUGCAGUGAAUGUGGAAAAUCUUUUACGACUAGGUCUGGCCUCUAUUAUCAUAGGAGAGUUCACACUGGAGAAAGGCCUUAUGAGUGCAGUGAAUGUGGGAAAUCUUUUAGUAAUAGGUCGAUCCUUUGUAAUCAUCAGAGAGUUCACAGUGGAGAAAAGCCUUUUGAGUGCAGUGAAUGUGGGAGAUUCUUUAGCCGAAACGGACACCUCAGUGCCCAUAAGAAAGUUCAUACUGGAGAAAAGCCUUAUGAAUGCAAUAAAUGUGGAAAAUCUUUUACUGCUAAGACGAGCCUUCGUUACCAUCAGAGAGUUCAUAGUGGAGAAAAGCCUUAUGAGUGUAGUCAAUGUGGGAAAUCUUUUACUACUAGCUCUGGUUUCUAUUAUCAUCAGAGAGUUCACAGUGGAGAAAGGCCUUAUGAGUGCAGUGAAUGUGGGAAAUCUUUUACUACUAGUUCUGGUCUCUAUUAUCAUCAGAGAGUUCACAGUGGAGAAAGGCCUUAUGAGUGCAAUGAAUGUGGGAAGUGUUUUACUGGUAGCUCGAGCCUUCAUCGUCAUCAGAGAGUUCACAGUGGAGAAAGGCCUUAUGAGUGCAGUGCAUGUGGGAAAUGUUUUAGUAUUAUAUCUGAUCUUUAUGUUCAUCAGAGAAUUCACACAGGAGAAAGGCCUUAUAAGUGCAACGAAUGUGGGAAAUGUUUUACUGAUAGGUCAAGCCUUCGUCGUCAUCAGAGAGUUCACACUGGAGAAAGGCCUUAUGAGUGCACUGAAUGUGGGAAAUCCUUUAGCAGUGGUUGUAAUCUUAUGCAGCAUCAGAGAGUUCAUACUGGAGAAAAGCCUUAUGAGUGCAGCGAAUGUGGAAAAUCCUUUAGCCGAAGCCACCACCUCAGAGUGCAUAGGAAGAUCCACACCGGAGAAAAGCCUUAUGCAUGCAAGAAAUGUGCUAAAUCUUUUCUCCAAAGGUCCAGCUUCAUUCAACAUCAGAGAGUUCACACUGGAGAAAAGCAUUAUGAAUGCAGUGAAUGUGGAAAAUCUUUUAGCAAAAAGUCCAAUUUUCUUCAACAUAUGAGAGUUCAUACUGGAGAAAGGCCUUAUGAGUGCAGUGAAUGUGGGAAAUCCUUUUUCCAUAGAUGUCAACUUUUUAUACACCAGAGAGUUCACACAGGUGAAAGGCCUUAUGAGUGCAGUGAAUGUGGGAAAUCCUUUAUUCAUAGAUGUCAACUUCUUAUUCACCAGAGAGUUCACACAGGAGAAAGGCCUUAUGAGUGCAGUGAAUGUGGGAAAUCUUUUACAGUUAGGUCUGUCCUGCAGAAUCAUCAGAGAAUUCAUACUGGAGAGAGACCUUAUGAGUGCAGCCAGUGUGAGAAAUCCUUUAUCCAUAGAUGUCAACUUCUUAUACACCAGAGAGUUCACACAGGAGAAAGGCCUUAUGAGUGCAGCCAAUGUGGGAAAUCUUUUACAGCUAGGUCUGGCCUCCAAAAUCAUCAGAGAAUUCAUACUGGAGAAAGACCUUAUGAAUGCAGCCAAUGUGGGAAAUCCUUUAUCCAUAGAUGUCAACUUCUUAUACACCAGAGAGUUCACACAGGAGAAAGGCCUUAUGAGUGCAGUGAAUGUGGGAAAUCUUUUACAGCUAGGUCUGCCCUCCAAAAUCAUCAGAGAAUUCAUACUGGAGAGAGGCCUUAUGAGUGCAGCCAAUGUGGGAAAUCCUUUAUCCAUAGAUGUCAACUUCUUAUACACCAGAGAGUUCACACAGGAGAAAGGCCUUAUGAGUGCAAUGAAUGCGGGAAAUCUUUUACAGCUAGGUCUGCCCUCCAAAAUCAUCAGAGAGUUCACACAGGAGAAAGGCCUUAUGAAUGCAGUGAAUGUGGGAAAUCCUUUAUCCAUAGAUGUCAUCUUCUUAUACACCAGAGAGUUCACACAGGAGAAAGGCCUUAUGAGUGCAGUGAAUGUGGGAAAUCCUUUAUCCAUAGAUGUCAACUUCUUAUACACCAGAGAGUUCACACAGGAGAAAGGCCUUAUGUGUGCAAUGAAUGUGGGAAAUCCUUUAUUCAUAGAUGUCAACUUCUUAUACACCAGAGAGUUCACACAGGAGAAAGGCCUUAUGAGUGCAGCCAAUGUGGGAAAUCGUUUACUGCUAGGUCUGGCCUCCGAAAUCAUCAGAGAGUUCAUACUGGAGAAAGACCUUAUGAGUGCAGUGAAUGUGGGAAAUUGUUUAUUGUUAUUUCUGGCCUUAUUAAACAUCAGAGAGUUCACACAGGAGAAAGGCCUUAUGAGUGUAAUGAAUGUGGGAAAUCUUUUACUGCGAGAGCUGGCCUCCGAAAUCAUCAGAGAAUUCACACGGGAGAAAGGCCUUAUGAGUGUAAGGAAUGUGGGAAAUCUUUUACUGCGAGAUCUGGCCUCCAGAAUCAUCAGAGAGUUCACACAGGAGAAAGGCCUUAUGAGUGUAAGGAAUGUAGGAAAUCUUUUACUUCUAGGUCUGGCCUCCGAAAUCAUCAGAGUGUUCAUACUGGAGAAAGGCCUUAUGAGUGCAGUGAAUGUGGAAAAUCUUUUAGCCAAAGACAGAUCCUCAGUACCCAUAGGAAAAUCCAUACUGGAGAAAGGCCUCAUGAGUGCAAAGAAUGUGGUAAAUCUUUUAUCCAAAAGUGCAGUUUAAUUCAUCAUCAGAGAGUUCACCGUGGAGAAAACACCCUAUGAAUGCAGCCGAUAAGGACGCCACUGGGGUUCGGAGGAGUUUGACAUGGUAACAGAAUGGGAGGAACAGGUGCAGUCAUCGUGCAACAGAUGGACCACUUCUAGAGAGGAAACUCAGGGUGAGAGAAGGGGUGUCAUCUGCUUGUGAACUCCCAGCAAUGGACAGGGAUUUAGGAUACAGUGCUAGGUUGACUUGUUCAGGCCAUGAGUCUGGUCACAGCACUCCUCUUUCACUCCCUACCCUGCUUUGGGGACUCAAAGAACACUUUGUCCGUUCGGACACCCUCUUGCCACCCCCACACAGACACAAAGAGGCCUGCUCAGGACACCCCCUCCUCCCUACAUGUGACUUGACAGGACUGUCGUUUCACUGGAAACAAAUAUUGAUGGCUUUCCUAUGAAGGAUCUGACUUAUGUUCCCGACAAUGAUCUGGUCCUGCUAACUCCAUGCCACAUGUUUGCAGUGGAUGUGGGGCAGACAAAAUCGAGGAACAGACUCAGUCUUGGGAUGUGGAUGUGACCCAGUCCCAGGACAGAGAAAACUAAUCAAUAUAGGACACCACAUUAACAGAAGGAAGGGUGAAAAAUAACAUGAUCAUCUCAGUAGACAGAGAAGAAGCAUUUGACAAAAUUCAGCAUCCAUUCAUGAUGAAAACCCAUCCAGGUGGGUAUAGAGGGAACAUAUCUCAAUAAAGGCCAUUUAUGACAAACCCACAGCAAACGUCGUACUGGUGGAAAGCUGAAAGGCUUUCCCCUAAACUCAGGAAGAAGAGAAGUAUGCUCAGUCCCACCACUUCUAUUUCACAUAGUAUUGGAAGUCCUAGCCCCAGCCAUCAGACAAGCAAAAGCAUCCAAAUUGGAAGAUAAGAGGUAAAACAGUAUUUUCAGAUAACAUGAUACUUUAUAUAGAAAACCCUAGUGUCCACCUUAAAACUCUUAGAACUAAUUAACGAAUUCAGCAAAGCUAUAGGAUAUAGUACAAAUAUACAGACAUCUGUUGCAUUUCUAUGCACUAAUAAUGAACUAUCAGAAAAAGUAAAAAAAAAAAUGCUUCAGAUCACAUCAGAAAAAAUAAAAUACCUAGUAGCAAAUUAACUGAGGGCUUGAAAGACAUAUUCAGAAAACUAUAAAACAUUGAUGAAGAAGAUUGAAGAUAAAGAAAUGGAAAGAUAUCCUGUGCUCUUGCAUUGGAAGAAUUAAGAUUGUUACAAUGACAAUACUAUGCAAAGCAAUCGUGAAACAGAGAAGACAUAACGAAUGGAGUUAGAAAAAAUAUCCGAAGUGAUGCAAAUGAAGAACACAAUUCUAUUGUCAUAUGUGUUCAGUGUCUCAAGAAAUAUAGCAGCAAUCUUGUGAGUAAGGCAUAUUCUAGUAAAUGGGAUAUAUUAAUGUCCAAGACAAAAAGGAGUCAGUCCUUAUGGAAGCAAUAUUGUAGUUGAUGGAAACUGCACCUAGGUAAUUAGAUUUCAUGGAAUAUUAGAAUAAGAUGCUCCUAUGAAAAGGGAGAAAAAGAGCAAGUUACAGUUGAGGAAAAACGGGGGUUUGGGAUGGGUUGAAAGAGUAAAUAGAGUAUCCAGAGUAGGAUUUUAGUGAAGGUGGACAGUUGUGGAAAUACUGUGUUAAGGAAGGACAGCUUGCUUUCCUCUUUUCCAAUUGUUAAAUGUUCAUUUUCUUUACUGCAUUAGAGAGGACCUCUGGCAUAUUAGGGAAUACCAGUGUAAUGCAGAGAACUGCCAUCCUACUGAUCUCAAGCAUCCUAUUUAUGUCCUUUAUAUCUAGUCUUUUCAGUCCAGAAUCAUAUAAAGUCACACAAAUUACAUUUAUUUCUCAUCUCCCUUUAAUGUCCAUUCUGACACAAUCUGAUUUCCUUCAAGUUGUUUUCCCUUGGUAUUUUUUAUACAAUACACGACAAUUAUUUUGUAAAAUUUCCCUCACUUGGUAUACAAUAAGAUAUCCUUAUAAAUAGAUUCAGAUUAUGUGGUUUAUUGUUUUUAUUGUUGCUGUUUUGCCCCCGUCCAAGAUAAUGCAAAAGUGCUGCCUUGUCCUUUUCAGUGUACCAUAUCAGGAAACAUGAUGUCUGUUUUCCCAGUAUUGGCAGUGUUUCCUUUGAUCACUUCUUUAUGGUGAUAUCCUUUGGAUUUUGUUCCUACUACUCUGGGAGGCUGAAGAAGGGGUGUGGCAAGAUGGUGUGAUCGUCUAUUUGUUUCUAAAUCUCUCUGGCUUCUGUGUGGAGAGUGAACUUAGGAGGGAAGAACUGAUGUAAGAGAUAGGACAGAAUCCUUUGUGUAGUUGGGAGCCCUUUGAUGAUGGACCAGCCCAGGAUGGUGGCAUUGGAGAUGGUGAGGACAGGAUGACCUGGAACAUAUUAGGAGGCAGAGUUGGCAGGACGUGUGCAUAAUUGAGAUGAUGGGGUGAGUCCCAGAGAAUGAUUUUUUUCCCUUCAGUCCUCAAGAGCGAGCCGUUGCAGUUGUGGGCCUGAGAGGCUUAGCUUGUUCUUUUAGAUUCCUGGAUCAGCUGUCAGCUAUGUUGAGUAACUGCAGCCAAAGUUUCCAAUGCCUGGGACACAAAAUAGGCAGGACUGCUCCCUGACAGUUAUUUGGGUAGAUGAGUUUUAUGUGGCCUUGCUUUCCUUGGGCCUGCCAGGGUUAGAUGAGGCUGGAUAGGAAGACUUGUGUGGUGGUGGUGUGUAUCUGUAGCAUCUGUAGCUGUAUGUGUUUGAGCCUGCUAGGGAACAUUAGUUAUUCUUUGAAUAGAAAUUCAAAACUUGCCCUUGAACUUCACUUGAUGAAAAUUAAAUCCCUUGCUAAGGAAGUUUAGGGCCAUCCAAAAGUACUGACAGCUACUUUGAAUGUUUAUUUCAAUCCUUUAAUGUAAUUGUUGAUAUAUUUGGGUUGAAAUAUAUCCUUUUAUUUUGUGGAUUUCUUCCCCUGCCCCCUGUUCUUUAUCUUGGCCUUAAA